UUACAAAUACAACCCGUGCAAGAUUAUAUUUAGAAUCACUAUCAAUAAUUAAAAUCUAUUAUUCUCAACAUCACAUUUGCCUUGCUCUGAUUAAAAUGUCAUCUAAACAUUGACAAUCUGGAUUAGUAUACGUCAAAAUGAAAUUGAAGAAACUACACUCUGAUGUUAUCAAGAAAACCAGAAGUUCUUUCAUGAUAAACACCUUAUCACAAGCGGCGCUAGAAUUAAUCCUUAAUAGUUUAGAUGCAGAAGCUACCGCGAUAGCCGUAAGAAUAAACAUGGUUACUUUACGAAUACAAGUCGUUGAUAACGGCAAAGGGGUUCUCAAGGAAAACAUGCAAUCGAUCGGUAACCGAUACUUUACCAACAAAUGCAGUAGUUUAGAAGACCUGGAGAAGCGCAUUAAGCAUUACGGUUUUCGAGGAGAAGCUCUAGCCAACCUUAUAGAACUAUCUAAAUCGAUUAAUAUUUGCUCCAGGCAUACGAGUACGCCUGAAACGUUCAGUUUAACUUACGAGAAAAACAAUAAAAGAGAGCCGAUUGCCGAGAAAACCCGGCCUAGCGUAGGCACAACUGUAACAGUAGAAGGAUUGUUCGAGGCUUUCCCGGUAAGGAAGAAGCGAAUUGUUAAGGAAAUAGAGAUGGAUGAUGUCCAGAGGAACCUCAGAAGUCUCAUUAUAAUUCAUCCUCAUGUUACCUUUUCCCUUCGGGACGACGUACGAAACGAAUUGAUCCUGAGCAGUAGAAGGACCCAAGACAUUCCUUCAGCGUUCAGGCUGUUGCAUCCCGAUAUGAAGGACGGUGCGGUGAUGAAGAUAUCUAAAGGAAAACUGUCGAUAAAUUCGUUGCUGUUUAAAGAUUACACCGAAAACAAACACCAGCAGUACAUAUACGUGAACAAACGGCCUGUAUUUUCGUCCAAAAUGCAGAAAUUAAUGAAGAAACUGCUUAACAAAAACACCAAAUACCAAGAAACUAAAUUAGUAAACAGUAAUAAAUAUCCCUCGUAUGUAAUAAACAUAAAAUGUCCCUAUUCCGACGUCGAUAUUUUAUCGAGUCCUCAUACGGUACUAGCGCAAUUUAAAAACUGGAAUCGAAUUGAAACGUGCAUCGAAAAGCUGAUUAAUUGCUUCUUUGGAAAUCCACAAAACAAGAAAGAAAAUCCAAUAGAACAAAAAGAAUUAAGCGACAAUGUUCCACUAAAAUGUGGAAUUUCUCAAAUAAAAGGCGCUGUUCAGGCUUUUGGUUAUAGAAGAAAAAACGAGCCUGAACACACAUCACCUCCAAAACAAGAGAGUAAAAAGAAACCGUCGAUAUUAAAGAAUUCUUACAACGAAAAUCGUUUAAACAACGACAGUCACGACAUAAUUAAUCCAACAUGUUUCUACCAACAAACCAAAGCCCUAAAACACCCUUUGCCUAUUACUGUAGCACCCCAAAACGAGCCAAUUAAUGAAACCAAUGUAAAAGAAAAGAGCAUUAUUUGUCGCAAAAGAUCGCAUCCUCUGGAAGUAGAAACUUUUUCGAAAUACACAGACGAUGAACACAGAGGCAAAAAUCUGAUUUUGGACAUGUUCCUUAAGUCCACAUUGGUCUACAAAAGCGAGGAAAAUGUUCUGAAUACUUCUCAGCAAAGCGGAGACACCAUCUACGUAGAAGAGUCGGAUUUCAUGAUGGAAAAUAACGUUCAAACGACGCACAAAGGCAAAACUAAAACUAUGUCCGUGUCGAUUAACGUGAAGAGCAGGAAAAAAAUUAAGAAGCGGAAAAAUUGCACGCCGGAAAAGAGAUUGCAAACUGUUUCCGCCGAUAAAAUGGUCUCCAAAUGCGUUCAAACUACAUUGCAAAAUGAUAAAUCGGCAACGCACUGUUCCGAUAAAGAAAACUUUUCGGUAAAUUGUACGCUGGUGUUCACCAGUCGAAAAGGGAACAACUUGAAGUUCGUGCACAAAAGACCGCAAAAUUCGGAAAAUUUCGAGUUGUUUAACAAGGAAAGUAGCCAAAAAUGCAGCUGCAAUUGUCACGAGAAAAAGCUAUUUAAUUUCGGACAUAAAGAUUUUAAAAAUCAAAAUAACGUAGUGGAAACUGCAAUUGAAGCGAAUGUAAAAGAUACGUUUGAAUUUAAAAGUUUCGGGGAUAUUUUGGAACAAACGACUAACCAAACUGAGAUUCGAUUAGAACAAAAUAUAAAUACCAGCAGAUAUUUCGAUCCUGAUUUGCAAUGGAGGAUUGAUAAAAAGAGAAAAUUACCCAACAUUCUAAAAUGCGAACAAAGUCCUUAUUUCAAAGACAAAAGACAUCAUCCUGCAAAGAAUCCACCCAACGAUUAUUUUAAUCUUCACUAUAACAAUGAAAACUAUAAUCAUUACCCAAUAACGGCAAAUACGAAUAAUUUUUUAAAUCAGUACAAUCAAUUAGUCAAGAAUAUACAAAAUCAUAACGUACCAAAUCUAAUGCACCAAUUCCCGCAGACUUACGAAGGAAACAGAAUGGAGUUUCUACCCUACAAUCACCCAUAUAAUCCAAACAUUGUGUUCAAAUAUCCACCAAUUAAUCCAGUAAUUGAAGAUCAUUUUCUGCCUUACAACCGUUUCCAGCAUACAGAAUUAUUUGAACAAGGCCCAACUUACAAUAAAGCACCAGUACAUUUUAUCCCACAAAACUUCAAAGAGAGUCACAAGAAUCAAGCUGAUUUUCCGAUAAGUAAUAAAGCAUUUGAAGCACCAAAUACACCAUAUUGUAAAAAAGUGCUGGAUAAUCAUAAUUUACAUUCUAACAAUUUGGAUAUUCCUCUAAGAAAUGAAGAAAGCGUAAUAUACGAGUAUUCCAAUGAUACAAUGCCAAUUCCAUCAUUCAAGCAAUUUCAACCAGCUUUUAAAAGCACUCAAAAAAACCCAUAUGCUAAUUCGAUUAUUAAUUUAUCAUUAGCGAAUCAAAUAAACUCCAAAACAUCAUUUGAAAACUUCCAAGCUGCGUUUAAAAGCACAUGGAAAAAUCCGAGUUUCCUAGAUUUUUCAUUAAAGAACCAACAAAACAACGAGAGCUCCAAUAUCCAAUCAUUCGGGCAGUUUAAACCGAUUUUUAAGAGCACUCAAGAAAAAAAUUCAACGAAACAUUACACAAAUGAGAAACAAAUUCCUGGUGAAAUUGAGCGCGAAAAUCCCAUUUCGGGAAUAUUUCCUUUUAAAAACGAGCGUGAAAGGAAUAGCGAAGAUCAACAGAAUCAACUGAGGAAAGCUUCUGAUUUGGAGAUUUCUUUGAAUGAAACAGACAAGGAAAUUUUAAUGGAAGCGGAAAUUGCAGCCAAAAAGCAGCUUCUCAUGAAAGAGUUUGCGGAAUGGAACAGCCAAUUUACUUUCGAUGAACAAAAGUCGAAUGACGAUUGGGAUUGGACCAAGCGAGACCAUUUAGGCAACUGCUAUUAUAUCCACAAAAAAACGGGAUUUACAACAUAUAAUGUUCCUAAUAAAGAAGAAAAUAACUGUUUCGAAAUGAAGGAGAGAUACGAGUUUUUGCCUAAAGGCAUGUCCCCCAUAAUUAAAGAACCGAAAGCAGUUGAAGAAUCUUUGAGUCAAAAUGGGAAAGACGUACUAUUAGAUUACAUUCUGGAAACGUACAAGGACGAUUUGUUAUUUGUUAAAUGGCAGCAUUAUAUAAAAGAUUUAGAUAUCAAAACAUUCUUCGCGAAUAUGUACACAGAAAAAUUGAAGAUGUACGAAUGCUGCAUACCAAUCCUUAAGGCAGACAAUAAACAAGAAGUUGUAAAUUUGAAUAAAAAUAUAUUCGAAAGUCUGGAUUUCGUUGGUCAAUUGGAUAAAAAAUUCAUCGUUGUGAAAGAUGUUAAGGAAAAUAUGCUGAUUAUAUUCGAUCAGCACGCCGUACACGAGAGAAUACGAGUCGAAAAACUUAUCAAAAUUUACAAAAAUGCUAAAGCAGUUAUUCAAGAAAAAUUAAUGUUUUUCAUUCCCGAUAACGAAUUGUCAUUACUAAAGCGUUUUCCAACUUACCUGGAUCAUAUUGGAAUGAACAUGGAAUUUUUCACAAACGGUAUUUAUGUCACCGAGGUGCCACUUUGUCUGUAUACAAAAUUUAAAGAAGAUCCAAUAAAUUCGCUAAAUAAAAUUAUUCACACGCUAAUAAACGAAGUAUUGGACCUCUUGAAAUCGACAAGAGGAGUUUCACUGAAAACUAUGCCUACACUAAUUCAAAAUGUGAUAAAUUUAGAAGCUUGUAGAGGUGCUAUUAAAUUUGGAGAUCUUCUAACUCAUGAGAAGUGUUUGGAGUUAUUGCGAGAAUUAUCGAAGUGCGACUUACCAUUUCAAUGUGCCCACGGGAGACCAACUGUUACCCCUUUAUUAAGAUUGACAACUCAAAAGCCAGUGGAAAAACCGAUAAAUUUAAAGAAUUUAAAACGUCUAAAAAAUAUGCAUUCAUAAGUAUAUUUUAAACAGACGUAAUAAUAUCAUUGUAUAAAGUAAACUUAAAAUACACUUCUUCAAUAUAAUAAGUUUACCAACCAAAGCGUCCACGUCCGGUAAAAUGGCACCGGCUUGACGAGUUGGCGGGUCUUCCACGCUGACAAUCUUGAUUCUAGGAGACACGUCGACUCCCAAAUCUUUUGGUGUCAAUUUUUGGAUGGGUUUUUUCUUAGCUUUCUGUAAAAAAUUAACAAUUGUUAAC